CUCUACUUCUCUGCUCUCGUAGAAAUGGAUAUCGAUAAACAAGCUCCGGCGAGUCCAACGGACUCCUUGGGAGACAAGGUGGAAGUUCAGGAAGAUCAAUAUCAUCGCCAUGCACACAAGACUCCCGAGGAAAGGCAGGCUGCUUUGCGUGAAGCUUUGGCUGUUGAUCCCGGACCAAAGAAAUGGGGCUGGCCUGCUAUCCAUUCUGCUGCUGCUCGGGCGAUAGCGGUUUCGAUAGCACGUUGUUUCCCAUUGCCGAUUCUGACUAACUGGUCUUCUAUGCGCUCGAAUGAUAAGGUCAUGGGAGGCAUCAAUACAAUGAAACAGUACCAGGACUAUUUUGGUAUGACAGGGGUAGGAACAUUGUCUUUGGAAUCUUCACCAUUGGUUCAAUAUGGUAUGUACAACCCCGUUGUCACUGUGCUACCGAGAACUUACGCUCCACCAAGCGGAAUGAUCCCUGCCUCGUAUCUUCCGGAUAGAUUCGGCCGGAGACUAUCCAUGUUUUUCGGGAAUGCAGUGCUGAUCUCAAGUAACGACUCGCGUCGGCCCCAUAGCGUCGGUGCCGUCAUUACUGCCAAUGCUACGACCAAGGGGAUGUUCCUCGGUGGUCGGUUCUUGACGGGUCUAGGAGCAGCAUGCGCAGGUGCAUCCGCAAAAUCGUACUUGGCUGAAAUGGCACCCGCACACCUUCGUGGAGCUUACAUGGGAUUCUUGAAUUCCUUGUACGUUGGCUUGGUCCCUCCCUUCCAUGUGGAGUUCCUGGCCAUGAACCAGUUCUUGAUUCGCUUCCGACCCUCUUUCUCCACAGCUACUAUGUCGGUCAGAUGUCCGCAACUGACCGUCCCCGCAGGAAUCAAUGUUCUAUUUAUCUAUCUCUGUCCCGAAUCCCCGAGGUGGCUUUACAGCGUUGGAAAGUCGCAACAAGCUCGUGGAAUUCUUGCUAGGUUACAUAGCAGGACGCAAGAUCCCAACUCUCCUCUUAUCAACCUUGAAAUGGAAGAAAUUGAAGAGAAGAUUCAGGUGGAUGGCGUCGAUAAACGCUGGUGGGAUUUCAGACCUCUCUUCCGGACCCGCGCGGAUCGUUAUCGCGCUUACAUGGUCAUUCUAAUCGGAUCAUUCGGUGAACCCGCCUCUCGCACUUUCAGGCAACUGAGCGGAAAUGGCCUCAUCACCUACUUCAUGCCGAUCCUUCUCGAGAACGCUGGAAUCCACUCUCAAGAUAAGCGCCUAACGCUUAAUUUCGUGAAUAUAUCGGAGGUGAGCUGCUUCGCGAUUGGCUGGCAAGGCCAGUGGUGGCCAGUACUGAAAAAGAGGACGGGGUCGCGAAAUGACUCAGCUCUAUCGGGCUCCGCAGUCAUCGAUCGCUUCGGACGACGAAAGAUUCUCUUGGCCGCGACGGGUGCUAUCACCGGUAUACUCGCGAUUGUAACGGGAUUGCUGAGCGAUGCUGGCGAAUUGAACGCUGUGCGUUCGAAUGCUGGGAUUACGUUCAUUUUCCUGUUCAUGGUGGUGUUUUCGUUUGGAUGGACACCCAUGCAGGCCCUAUAUCCUGCAGAAGUCUUGACUUAUGAGGCCAGAGCGAAAGGACUGGCAUUCCUUGGCAUCGUUGCCCAGAUGGCGUCUUUAAUUAACACCUUUGGACUGCCCGUUGCCCUCGAGAAGUUGACUUGGAAGGUUUAUCUUAUCUUUUUGUUCUGGGACAUCUUCGAGGUGGUGAUCAUCUAUCUCUUCGUGGUGGAGACCAAGGGCUUCACCCUGGAGGAAAUUGGAGAGAUAUUUGAUCAUUCGCAUCCCAAGAAGUACAGUCAGGAGUUGCUUAGGAAGAGAAAGGAGGGGGAGAAGGGCUCCGCCCAGACUGGUGCUGCGUGAGCUUGCUCGAAACCGGUACAAUCUGGAGCUCAGGGCUUCCUGGAGGACCAUUGGGCAACCGCAUAUGAAUUUAAUGAACAACUGUACAUUAUUCGUCUCCCUUGAUUGCAAUUUUUUGUAUCUGC